CCUUUGAGUUUCCGGUAUACGGAGGUCACUUUUCCUCUCCUUCCUCUUCCCUCUUUUGUGCAUAAAUCUUGGGUUCGUUCACUUCUUUUCUCUGCUGCUGCUGCUGGUAAGUCAGAUGACAUGCCCAUGGCAGCUAGGAGGGUAAAGAAAAUUGUAAGGAAAGUUCUAUUGUGUAACCCCCCAAUUUUUAUUUAUUUAUUUUCAAAAAACCAGAUCUAAGGAUACAGCAUUUUUGGAAGUCUCCUUUGUUUCCCAUCAUUCCAGUGGCGAGUUAUAUGUCCUUUGUCUACAUCUACAUCGAUAGACUGGAUUUCUACUGCAAAGUUUCAGUCAAAUGGCCUCCAUCUCACAUCCAGCAAAUGAACAACAGAAAAAGUGACAGAUCUCUAAAAAUUGUCUGGAAAAAUCACAGAGUCCAAAAGAGAGAUGUACAGUACCAUGCCUGGAGCGACUACAGCCUCGCUGAAUGCAUCUGUUACUACAACUCAGUCCAGUAACUUUCAUUCUGACAUUGAACGUUACAUAUUGAUUACUAUAUAUACAGUAGCAUUUAUUGGAGGUACAAUUGGAGCCAUCGCAAUGUCAUUUUUGCUGGUUAAAAUGAACACUCUGUCAGUGACCACGGCGGCGAUUGUCAACCUCGUGGUGUUGCACAGCCUGCUUCUCCUGACUGUGCCAUUUCGGCUUUAUUAUUAUAUCAAUCAGAAGUGGAUUUUUGGGGAGGGCUUUUGUAAAGCAGCGAGUGCUAUGAUGCACAUCCAUAUGUACCUCACUUUUCUAUUCUACAUAAUCACGCUCAUUAUCCGGUGGCUCAUUUUCUUUCAAUGGAAGGACAAGUUGGAGUUCUACAGGAAGCUACAUGCUGUGGCUGCUAGUGCUACAGUGUGGAUAGCGGCCAUUGUGAUUGUGCUGCCCUUGGUCAUUGCUCAGUAUGGGACGUCUGGGGAGUAUAAAACUAACAUAUGUUUUACAUUCCAACAAGAACUCAAGGAGGAGAGUGUGAAAACACUGAACUAUCUCUUAAUUGCCAUUGUAGCCACCAUCACAUGUGUCCUCUUGGGCUUGCAAGUCUUCAUCAUUCUAAAGGUGGUGAAAAAGCUUCCAGGCUCUGUCUGGUCACAUCAAGAAUUCUGGGCCCAGAUUAAAAGCUUGAUGUUCAUAUCUGUGAUAAUCAUUUGUUUCCUCCCAUAUCACCUCUUUAGGCUCUAUUACAUACUGCACAUGAAAGAAGAACAAUUAGUAAUGUACAAUAAUAUCUGUUUGAGUAUAACUGCCAUCAGCUGUCUUGAUUUGCUGUCAUUUGUUAUAAGCGGAAGCCGUUUCUUUAAGCAAAAGAUUAUUAUGCUUCGAGACAAGUUUGCGUGCUGUUAGGUUCGUUCAUUUUUAGAGACCAUCUUCCACACUACAAUGUUUAGGUGGGAGGAAAACAUAUGGCUUUGUCUGUAUUUUUUAAAAAUGAUAAUUUAUGGAGACAAAUCAAAAAGCAUUAUAAAUUAUGUGUAUCUAUUUAUUUUAUAUGCCUUAAACACAGUACCAGCAAAAUAACAUCGAUUCUUUGAUUAGGUGAAAUACUUACCAGUGU